AUGGUCCCCGCCGCCGGCGCGCUGCUCUGGGCCCUGCUGCUGAGUCUGGGGCCCCGGGCGGCGGGGGCCCAAGGCCUGACUUCCACCGAGACCCAGCGGGUCAGUUUCCGCCUCGGGGUCCCUAUGUCCCGCCACUACCGGACCACCCUCCGGACCGGUGGCCCCAGGAGGAUGAAGGUAACAAUGGAGGAUGAGGAUGACGUCGGGGCCACUGUCGAGCGCCUAGCAGGCCCGGCUGCUGCGGAGCUCUUGGCCUCCACGGUGGCCACAGGCGUAAGCAAGUCGAUUGUGUCGUCUGCCGAGGAGGAUGAGUCUUUGGAAGAGGGGGUUGUGAUUAACGCCAGAAAGAAUAACAUCACUGCAGCGUCUUUCAGCAGGGGUUACAAUACAGCGAGGGUGCCCAGCUCGAAGUUUAAAGCAAAUACCCAGGAGGCGGAGAUCAGGAUGUCUACAGACGUGCCGGCCAACACCUGGCAGCCUACUGGGGGGGAAAUACAGCACCCCGACAGUACCAUGAGCCAGUGGUCCACAGCCGGGUCCACCCCUAACCGGUGGCAGCAGCCCUCGCAAACGGCCAUGCCCCCUCCCGAGGAUCUGCGGCUGGUGCUGAUGCCCUGGGGCCCGUGGCACUGCCACUGCCAGUCAGGCACCAUGAGUCGGACCCGGUCUGGGAAGCUGCAGGGCCUUUCUGGGCGCCUUCGAGUUGGGGCACUGAACCAACUCCGUACAGAGCAUCGGCCGUGUACUUAUGAGAAAUGUCCAUGCAACCGGCUUCGGGAGGAGUGCCCUCUGGACUCCAGUCUCUGCUCUGACACCAGUUGUACCACUCAGACCACCACCAGUACUACCACCACCACUCCCACACCCCCUCUCAGCUCUAGAAUCAGACCUACACCCUUCCUCUUCUUUGGCCCCAGCCCCAGCCCCAGCCCAGCCCUUGCUUUUUGGAGACGGGUCAGGAUCGGGCUGGAGGAUAUUUGGAACAGUCUGUCUGCAGUGUUCACAGAGAUGGAACCACUAGAGAAAAACCGCAGGUAAUGGCCACUUCAUCUGCAAGAGGUUUCAGCAUCUCAACCUAUCCACCCUUUUUGAUCCCAGCACCCACUGGAUAUUUUUAGUACAGAAAAACAAAACUAGAAAAAAAAUUGUUUGGUCUUGUGUCUUUUUACAGAGGUAUCUGAGGUGGAGACCAGAAAUCUCUUGAACCUUAAAACUGAACUGUGUAACCAGCAGCAUUGGGCCUGAUCCCUCCCCUUGUCCCCCAGCAUAUUUUAUCCCCCCCUCCAUAAUGUUGAUGUUCUUCCUCUGCUUCA